GGACAUCGUAUGUCCCCGACAUUCGUGCCUUUUGACACAUCGGACGAGGAUCUCUCGGGUAUAACAAAGAGAGAAAAACAAAGGACGCCACAUUGUUUUCUAACGCAGCAGGCGUCAAUGAAUGGAAGUCGGCACCGCAACAAACAGAGCCAGCCGCGCCAUCCGCCUGACGAAGUGGCCCGUCGUCCUCGUGUGGGUUCGUCCCACCGGAAGGAGUGUGCUGGACCGUCUCAGCCGUCCGGCCGGCAACACGAAGGCACCCCUGUCAUCACAUACGAAAGGAAGGCCGUGAGAAUUUGUGGCACUCUCACUUGCCAGAAGGACGAUGGUGGUGCGUCCCGGAGGGUGACGCCAUGGGAGAUAAGCGAAGGAUCGAACGAGGAAACGGAGGAUGAUCCUUGGAUUUGUGUCGGUCGACAUCCACAGGGUAAUCAUGCCGUCGGCGAUGAGGAAUGUGGGGUCGACGAGGACAAUGUCGAAGAGGAGAAAUGCGAGGACGGUUAUGAGGGCGAGGAUCGUGAGGAAUCUAUGCACGAUUGCGAGGGUGGGGAGUCUCGACAGUACUAUGAGGAGGACGAUGGGGGCGAUGGAGAAAACGAUGAUGCCUAUCCUGUCGUUGAUGAGGAUGAAAGGCAUGUGCACAAUAGGGGCGUCUUGCAAGAAGGGUCGGCUGGUGUGGAGGUCGAUGAGGCAACAGGGGAGCGGUCGGAGGGCAAUGUUGUGUACAAGUGGGAUGAUGUUGAGGUGCUCACUCGGUCAUGGUACAAACACUACACACCUUCGACAACCUUGAACAAGUACGACAACAUUGCAGUUCGGUACACUGACAUGAUGGCUAUUGUCCUCCACGCCGAGAACGACAAUUUGGACAAUAUAACGGUUGCGCCAAAAUUGCGAGCAAAGUUGACAAAUUUGAACGUUGAAGAGGGAGAAUUUGUGAGGUGCUCAAGGGAGUGUAUCGGCGUGUCGGGCAAUAUUGACCCGGUUUAUUCUUGGAUGGAACGAGAGUCAGCACGUCUCCGAAAACUAUGCAGCUCGUUCAUCAGGGAGGACGAUGGCGUGAUGAUGUUGGGCAGGGCGCAUGCAGGACUGAUUUGGGAACUCGCUCGCGCCGGACACCUCGUGUUUGCAUGUGACGACGCGACAAAAGAGCUCACAUACCUUUCCAAGUUUUUGGAGUUUUAUGUGAAGGAUCCGAGGAACAAAUGUAGGUUCGAAAAACCCCAAGUCGAGCAUCGCAAGGACCGGGACAUAUACUAUAAGCUUGAGAGAAAGAGGGAGAAAGUGUGGGCUUACUUGUUCAGUGACGCUCCACAGUCAGCGGUUGAUAACGAGUACUUUAUCAAAAAAAUUGAACUGGAGAUAGCAAUGAACGAGUACUACGGUUCGCACAUGGGUGCUUUCCACAUGUUCGUCGCAUGUUGUGAGCAUCUGUUUUUCAAUAUGAAGAAAAAAGCACUGUCAAGCAGGGAUUAUGCGGACUUGGCACGUAAAGCCGGCAACUUCAACAACACCGAUUGCGACGAAGACACGUCAGACUCUGACCUGGACGUUCCGUCGCGGACGGCACGAGGUGUGGCGGAGGGAGCACAUACCGAGGAGCCGCAAGGGAGCACCAACGAAGCUGCGGAGAAAGAGAACUCGAGUUUGGGAGCGACACUGCCAUACUUGCUGCAAGACAAGUUCAAGGAGUCAUCGGAGGAGGAUUGGUGUCAUCAUAUUCUCUGGCACGGGGGCGUGUUCAAACCGUGCGUGUUUGCAGGCAAGUGGCACAUGGCUGUGAAGACAAGAGACCGCGGGUGGGUCGCGAAGGAAAAAAAGGACAUUGCAAUCUGGCACAGCGUGACGGAAACGCAACUUUUUCGGCGAGUGGAAAAAGAAAAUGUCGAUGCAGGCGAGGUGGCUAUAGCGGCAAAGGCGAAAACUUUGUUUGAGCAUCUGCGUGCAAACAAACAACUAGAAUUCAACACAAAGUUCUACGACCUUGCAUCAAGUGUGUCGUAUGGCUCCAUCGAUUGGAAAAUCAAACAGCCGUCGGCAGUACAAGGAAUCGAAAGCACCAACUCUCUGAAGACUCAAGACGUCAUCGCGUCUAACACCAUCGUCGUGAUUGCUAGAGGGGAUGAAGCCUGCCAAACGGACACACGUGCAAACGCAGGUGACGUGCGAAAUGAACAGCACGUUUCUGGUUAUAUUGAUGUGUUGUCGCAAAUCAUGAUGCGAUAUACACCCGGUCCUCACAUGGGGUAUCUACACGUUUCUGGUUAUAUUGAUGUGUUGCUGAACUUGCCGCUACUCACUAUAUUAGAAAACUACGUUAGACAGGAAUGUUGUCUACGUGUUUUAGGUUAUAUUGUUGUGUUACUGCAAGUGUUAAUGUGACACUUCAAUUCUCGAAAUUGCACUGCCGAUCACAGAGGGUGCCCCAUCUCGAUACGUAGGGGUGUGUGUGUGUGUGUGUGUGUGUGUGUGUGUGACUCGUUAGCAGCGUUAGGUUCUGUGUGUAAAUUAAAUUGUGUGCGCAUGCUUGGUACAGUUUUAUAAUAAAGGUAGUUUACGCUG